AUGACUGCCAUCAUCCGGCUGGGUUCUUGGGCGAAGAUCUCGGUCCGAAACAAUCCGGGAAAAGGAGAGAACAGCGAACGUGUGCUGACGUCGCGUGAUCUCGAACAUCUUCCCAUUGAAGCAAGGAAUGACCCACUGGCAAGUUUGCAGUGCCAGGUGCAGCAGAGCAGCUCAGAGACCGUGCAGAGCAUCCCGCUGACCAGCUGUAAAGGUGCUUCGACCUGGAAGCAAUUCUUCACCACUCCAGGUAGUCUGGGGCCGAUUUUGGUGGCGAUGAUGCUUUGGGCUGUGGGGUGCUUUCUGUAUGCGGUCUAUGCCACACCUCAGAUCCCCAUGGUGGCACCAGAGAUCUUCUACCAGCAGGUUCAGGAGCAGAUCGAGAACAUCCCAGUGCCGAAAGAUAGCCCACAUUAUUCGCACUAUAGGCGGUACUAUCUCGAGCAGUACAGGGAGCACCUGGCACAGUACAGGGAGCACGAAGAGGCCUUCAGGCUCAACAAAGGACCCAGGGUCCAUUGGGGCGCCCUUCUACAGGGCUUGGGCAUUGGUACCUGGAUCUUCGUGGCGGUGUUGGCCUUCUGCGAGUACAGAUACACCACGGUCACGGUGUCGAUGGAGAUGGUCGAGGCGUGGCGGGGCGGGCGGGCUGUGGCGGCGCGGCUGGAUGCACCGAGGCCGCGGGAAGAAGAAGCCUCAAAGGAGGAAGGAGAAGGAGCUGAAGGAGGCCUCGUGCGUCGACCAUCCCUCGUGCGAGAAGGAGAAGCCGCGGAAGGCGCUUCCUGUGGCCGAACGUGCCAAGAACAGCGAAGAGGCUGA